AUGCUUUAACGACCAAAACUCCGUUAAAGCAUAGCGCUCUUUAGCUAUAUAUAAAAAUGUCACUCUUUUGUUUUAACACACAUUUUCAUCACACUUGUCCAAAAGAAUCACAAAUGGGUUCUGGUCUUAUUAUACGAUCAUUGCUUAUUUUCCAAUUAGGAGCUAAUUAUAUUAAUGCUUUAGAAUGCUCCACGAGAAUACAAUUAUGAUUAUUAGUCCUACAAUUUUCUUUCCAUUUCUUAUUUUUUUCACUUUGCACAUCUUUGGUCAUUCACACCAUGAAAUAACAGUGGAAAACUCUAUUAAUUAGUUAUAUAGUACACUUUCUGAUUAAGUCAAAUUAAUAUUUUAAACUACUGUAUUUCUGUACGUUCCUUAGGGUCGUUUGGUUGUUGUUUAGAAUUAUGUAGGUAUUAGUAAUGUAGGGAUUAAUUAUAUAGUGUUUAAUUAUGUAAUGAAUAGUUAUGCAGGGUCUUGUUAUGCAUGGCUUAAUUAUGAAGAGAUUAGUUGUGUAAAGGUUAGUAAUACAUGAAUUAGUAAAUAAUAAAUUUUAAUAUAGGGAUUAUUUUUUGCUAUAUGUUUACUUUAUUUUAAUUAUACAAUGUGUAAUUAAAAUAAAUAUGAGGGCUUUUGGUUAUUUGAUUAUUUAAUCCAUGUAUUACUAAUACGUGUAUUAAUUAUUCCACAUUCUACCUUACAAUAAAUAAUAUACACAGAUUUGUUGUAUAACUUAUUCAUGUAUUACUUGUACCCCAAUGAAAAAGGCAACCAAACAUAACAUUAGUUGUCCAGACUUUUUGUACAAAGUAACUAUAAGCUAUCAAACAUUGUAUUAUUUAUGUUACUCCUAAUACAUGAAUAACUUACCAUGUAACCAGCCACCAAAUGGACCUUAUUGUCUAUUGAAGUAUAAUUGCGAAGUGAUAUAAUAUCCAUUGAAUUAUUACGUGGUUUAAUAUGUUAAUAUGCAUAUUAGCUACAUGAUAAUUGUGCUCUCUGAUGAUAUCCUACUAAUGCAUAGUAAAAUACUAAACCACGUAGCAAUUCCACUAAUUGGUUGCUAAUUUUAAAUUGUUACAGUGGUUCUAAUUCGUCCUCUUUUGCUUAAGCAUUUAUUUAAGGUUCUUAUAUUCAUCCUUUUAAUGUAAUCCUAUCCAGUUAGCAAAUAUUGACUUGGUAUAAUCUUUAUACGUACAGACGCUAGUAUUUGGAAUUUAAAUUUCAUGAUUAAAAUCACAAAGGAAAUCACAAUUCACAAAAUAAUGGCAAUGAUUUUGGGUUAUUAUUUAUUAUGUUCUAAGUAUUUUCACUCCAUUAAUUUGUGAGCAAAAUUAUCUUUCUCUUUAUCCCCCAAUGCCCCUCACCCAAAGAACAACAAUAUAGUAACCUUACGGCUAUAGGAGAAGCGUACAAAAUUGAGCUAACUUUAGCACUACUUUAUAAUUCAGAAUAUGGAUUGAACUUUAUUGAUUAGUUGUUUUUAAAAAAGUUAAAUUCAUUGCUUUAUAAAUUGAGAGAGAUAUCUUCUCCAAAUUAAAAAGGUAGAUCCUUGGCAUUCCAACAAAAGAUACAUUUGGAAAGAGUAUUAGAGAUCUUAUCUACUAUGUUGUUCGAUUCAUUGAAAUAUCGUUGAGUGCGUGUCAAUUCUUCAAAAGUAGUGUAAUUUUUGGAGGAUCCAACACGAGUGCAACAAUAUUUUAGAAAGUUCGCGCAAUAUAGAUUAUCUUAAAAAAAUUGUUUUAUGUAUAUGAUGUAUUACGAUAUAUAAGGUGAAAACUUUGAGUUGCAGUUAUCAAUAAUUUGAUUGUUCAACAACAACAACAACAACAACCCAGUAUAAUCUCAUUAGUGGGGUCUGGGGAGGGUAGUGUGUACGCAGGCCUUACCCUACCCUGAGAUAGAGAGGCUGUUUCCGAUAGAAACUCGGCUUUCUCCCUCCAAGAACUCCCCACCUUGCUCUUGGGGUGACUCGAACUCACAACUUUUUGGUUGAAAGUCGAGGGUGAUUACCACUAGAGCAACCCACUCUUGUCAACAUUAGAAAACCAAAAAUUUAUCUUUUUAGGCAAAUUACAUAAUACUGAAAUGAGAUAGACCUGACUAAAAAGAGACGAAAUAUAGAGCAUUCAUAUAUGAGUGCUCCAACUAAUCAUAUAGUUUUGAGACAUAGUUGAUUGAUUAAUCUUUCCUCGAUGGAAUAAUAUAUGUACAAAAAUAGAUAGACACUUGAAUUGACGCAAUAAUUAAUCAUCUUGUUCAUGAAUGCGGAGGAUAUCCUUGGAAAAUAUAAGUUGCAUACAAGUAGCCUUGAGAAAGAUGACCAACCUUCCCUUGACUUGCAGCUAGAGAAUAACCUCAACGUGAAAUUAAGCAAGGAGUUGGCUGACAAGAAUCGUGAGCUGAGGCAGAUGAAAGGCGAGGAACUUGAAGGAUUGAGCUUAGAAAAAUUGCAACAAAUUGAGAAAAGACUUGAAGCUGGACUCACACAUGUGCUUGAGAUCAAGGGUACAAAAAUUAUGGAUGAAAUUACCAAACUUCAAAGAAAGGGUGCUGAGCUAAUGGAAGAAAACAAGCAACUGAAACAGAAAAUGGCAAUGAUGAAUGAAGGAAAGUUGCCUUUACUCACAGAUUUGGAUUGCAUGGCAAUGGAAGAAGGCCAGUCUUCUGAUCAGUCUAUUACUACCAAUGUCUCUACUAGUGGUCCUCCUCCUGAGGAUGAUUGCUCAAAUGCAUCUUUGAAUUUAGGUUGUAACAAUGGUACUCCUGUUGAGGAUGAUUGCUCAGAUACAUCUUUGAAGUUAGGGCUACCAUUCAACUAGUGAAACUCAAACGGGGAGUUUUGUUGAGAUUACCAUAAUUUUCGGAUAUGCAGACUAUUAAGGCAAUGAGUGGCAUAUAGAUUUGCCCUUUUUGAAAUAUAUUGGAUUUGCCAUUACUUGUACUAUGUAUUAUGUGUAUGUGGACUACUUAAGAAAGGUAGAGGCGGAUCCAGGAUUUAAAUCUUAGGGGUUCAACUUUUGAAAUUUUUAGCGUUGAAUCCAUUAUAUAUUUAAAGUUA